AGAAUUUUAGAAGAAAAUAAAAACAAGUUUAAAACACUACUCAGACUACUGACAAUCUAGAGCUAGAUCUAUAAUAUUAUUAUUAAAUAUAGAUAGUAUAGUAUUGUAACAGUGUAAAUAGUGUUAGUUGUAAGCGCUGUUGCUGCUCCACCAGACCCAGCAGGGCACUGACCACUGUCUGUGACUGUCACUGUGACUGUGUAAUAACCGUACCCCCGGCAGAAAUACAAAUGGCCCAGGAUAAAAAUCCUCCUACACUUCCAAUACCAGAAGACAAAAAAGAAAGGUUUGAAAAAAUUAAAGCAAAAUUUAUAGAAAUUUAUGGAGAGGAACCAAAGUUUUUUUCUCGAGCUCCAGGCCGAGUUAACCUGAUUGGUGAGCACAUUGACUACUGUGGCUACUCUGUGCUACCUAUGGCUGUAGAGCUGGACAUCGUCAUGGCAGUAUCUCCUGACACCCAGGGCCAGAUUUCUCUUGUUAACACUGACCCACAAUAUCAAUCCUAUAAUGUUGAUGCCAACCAAAUUGUCAUCACCAAAGAUGUGCCUCACUGGUAUAAGUAUGUAUUGUGUGGCAUUCAAGGCAUCAAAGAACAUUUCCAGUCGGACACAUUGCGAGGCUUCAAAGCUGUGGUAGAUGGAACAGUUCCCAGAAGUGCUGGCCUGUCCAGUUCCAGUGCCCUAGUUUGUUGUUCGGCUCUGUCUAUGUUGAAGGCUAAUGAAUGGACCAUGUCAAAGGAACAACUGGCAGAGGUGUGUGCCAAAUGUGAGCGUUUCAUAGGUACAGAAGGUGGUGGCAUGGAUCAAGCCAUUAGUCUUACAGCUGUUGCUGGCAAGGCCAAAUUGAUAGAAUUCAACCCACUGCGUACGCAAGAUGUUCUAUUGCCACCAAAUGCAGCCUUUGUUGUGGGCAACUCCUUGGCAGAAAUGAACAAGGCAGCCACACCUCAGUUUAACACUAGAGUGGUAGAAUGCAGAUUAGCUGCUCAGGUUUUAGCCACAUCACAGGAGGGAGUGAAAUGGAGAGAGAUUAGAAGACUUGGUGAGCUGCAGGAAAAAUUGGGAUAUACGUUGGAUGAGAUGCUAAAUCUGGUCACCUCCAAGUUACACCCUGAGCCUUAUAUCAAACAGGAAGUGUGUGAAAUUCUAGAAGUUACCCCUGAGGAGUUGGUAGAAACUAGUCUGAGUGCCAACACUACACAUGUGGACAGCUUCAGCCUUUACAACAGAGCCACACAUGUUUACAGUGAAGCCAAACGAGUUGUCCAGUUCAAAGCCAUCUGUGACCAGCAGCCAGGAAAUGCUCUGGAACAGCUUGGUGAGCUGAUGAAUCAAAGUCAUGCCAGCUGUAGAGAUAUGUACGACUGCAGUCACCCUGACCUGGACACUCUGGUGGAGGUCUCCAAAGCUAAUGGAGCUGUUGGUUCAAGAAUGACUGGCGCUGGAUGGGGAGGCUGCACUGUAUCUAUCGUCAAUGCAGAGAAAGUAUCGUCUUUGCUGGCUGGAGUUAAGGCCGGUUACUAUCAACCGAAUCCAGACAAAUUCUCCAAAGUGGAUGAAGCUUUAUUUGCAACAACACCUGGUGGUGGAGCGGCCUUCUAUAUUGCUCAACAUCGGAAUAUUUUGUUUCCCAUUGUUCAUUGAUCACAUCGCAGUUGUUCCCUUUCACUCCCCAACAUUCCAAGAAUUUGAAGACAUUUCGUUCUAUGGAGUAAUCAUUUAGUUUAAAAGUCAUUUCUGUGAAUUGUAAUCCUUCAUGAAACAAGCUGACUGGUUAUGCAAAUAUGCUGAUGGUUUAUUUCAAUACUUUUUUCAAUACUUUGAUGUUUUUUCUGAUCACUCUGAAUUCUAAGCAUGACUGUGAUCACCUUCUUAUUAAAAAAAUUAGUUUGAUCACAUGUGGAGAGUAUUAGUAUAGUAUAGUAUAAUCUUCGGACUCGAAGACAAGCCUUAUUAUUAUUAUUAUUAUUUCACUACUGAAGGAGGCCGACGAGAUUUAGUAUAAUAAAAGAGUGUACUGUGCAAUAUGUAAAUGUAUGGCUGUUAGACCAUAGAGUUAGACACAAUAGUCUUCAGUACUUAUAGAAUUGAAAUAUAUAGUUUUCUCUUUUUGGUAUAUGUACAUUUUAUAUUAUCACAUUUUUUUUAAGAACAAAAGAAAGGGGCAGAAAUAUGUA